AUGACAUCACUCAAGAAGAAGAGUAGGAGGAAGCCUUCUUCCCAGGCCCUGGGGAAUAUUGUUGGCUGCAGAAUUUCUCACGGGUGGAAGGAAGGUAAUGAGCCUGUCACCCAUUGGAAGGCCAUCAUUCUAGGUCAACUGCCAACAAACCCUUCUCUUUAUUUGGUGAAGUAUGACGGAAUUGACAGUGUCUACGGACAGGAGCUCCACAGCGAUGAGAGGAUUUUAAAUCUUAAGGUCUUGCCUCACAAAGUAGUUUUUCUUCAGGUGAGGGAUGUCCACCUCGCCAGCGCCCUGGUUUGCAGAGAGGUACAACACAAAUUUGAGGGGAAAGAUGGCUCUGAGGACAACUGGAGUGGGAUGGUGCUAGCCCAGGUGCCAUUCUUACAGGACUAUUUUUACAUUUCCUACAAGAAGGAUCCGGUCCUCUACGUCUAUCAGCUCCUGGAUGACUACAAGGAAGGUAACCACCACAUCAUUCCAGAGACCCCUCUGGCUGAGGCGAGAUCAGGUGAUGACAAUGACUUCUUAAUAGGUUCCUGGGUGCAGUACACCAGAGAUGAUGGAUCCAAAAAGUUCGGAAAGGUUGUUUACAAAGUUCUAGCCAAUUCUACUGUGUACUUUAUCAAAUUUCUUGGUGACCUCCAUAUCUAUGUCUAUACUCUGGUGUCAAAUAUCACUUAA